GUGAAUCGUCGCGUUGGUGGGUUGGUGAGUGCGUGUGCUCCCGUGUGUGUGUGUCACUUCACUUGGUGUGUUGCCCGGCCUCCGCCACUAGGUGUGAGCCGUCAGCCAGCCUCCAGUACACGUAACGCGCGCGCACGACCUCAGCACAUGCACACGGGAGGGCUGGAGGUGGCGGAGUGAGUGAAGACAACGUGUUACCAGAAGUGCGAGUGAGAUCAGUGUUACGAGGAGUGUUGGUGCGGAGUGUCACGAGUAUCAUCAUCAUCAUCAUUGUUUUCCUCCGGUCUUUCACCUUCAUGAGUUGAUAAAGGGAGGUGUGAGGCAAUGAACGCUCGUCUCCUUGUGGCACCUAUUUCAUAGCUGACUCAUCACCAGCCUUCCUGCUAAAGGUCGUUGAGACACGUAGGGCGUGAGGUGAUGGUGAAGGUGCUGGAGCAGGGAGAGGAGGUGCCCCCUGCCCCCCCACCCACAGUCACCCUCACCCCCACGCCCCUCGUCGAUCCACACCCGCACCACCUCCACCUCCUGCCAUACCAUCACCACCACCACCACCACUCAGCGCCUAUGGGUGUUCCCCCCUCCCCGGCCUCCUCGCUGUCCGCCUCAGGCCCCGUCUCUCCCGCCUCCUCAGUCAACUCCACGGGGGACACGUUUACCCAGGACGACCUCCGGCCCUUCUGCCGCCCCCACAGCUACUAUCCGUGGGGCGGCCGGCACCCCUCAGGCCCCCACGGCCCCCCGCCACAUUCCCGCCGGCACCACUCGCCGCACCACCACCACCACUACUACUACCACCACCACCACCACAACAGUAACAACAACCACAACUACAACUAUCACCGAAACAACAACUCCCCGACGUCAGGCGGCGGCUCCAACUCCCAGCUGGGCUACCACCACCACAACCACGACAACAACACGAACAACAAUAACAACAGCAGCAACCACACGAACGGCGGCUCCUCCUCCUCCCCGCACGAGCACCACCACAACCACCACACCACCACGACGGGGGGCCACCACUACCACCACGGGCGGGGCCACCACUACCACCAGCCGGAGUGUGGCUACCACAGCUACAAGGGCGGCUACCACGACUCCUACGGCGGCUAUUACAGCGGCUACUCGGGGGGCGGCGGCGGCAGGGGACGACACAAAGGCCCCAGAGAUGACUCGUGGGCUGUGUCCUUAGGCGGCGGCGGCGGCGGGCGUGGGCGAGGCAGACAGCACAAAAGUAUAUCACCCACGUCCUCAAGAUCCCGCGGCUCCUCCCCGCGCCCCCACGCCUCCCCGCAGUGCUUCCCCAGCCCCCCUCAACCCCCGCUGGACGAGGCUAUGAGCUCCGUAACAGUGGAAGUUGGCGGAUCGGGCGGGAUCGGGGGGCUGGGCGGGGGCGGGCUUGUGUGCGGCAUGGGCGUGGAGGAGGUGGGCGUGAGCUGGGAGGAGGGGGGCCAGUACGUGGUUCUCCUGCACAUUAAUCCGGGACUCACCGUCAACUUCACUGAAAAUGGACACGUGCAGCGAAUUUCAGGUCCAGCAAGCGUGAGGAUGGUGUCUGCCAACCCCUCCCCGCCCAUCCCCCUCCCGGUUCAGGUUCCUCCAGGCCACGUGCUGCAGCAGAUCGUGGACGAGACGGGCACCCUGCGGCACGUCAUCCUCUCGCCGCAGCCCGUACCCGUGCCCCUCUGUCCCUACGGUCCAAACACAGGGCAAGGGCCACCUCCGUUCUAUCCCCCACCCCCGCCAGGUCCUCCUCCUCAGAGCUAUGGACCACCCUUCCAGGCACCCCCACAGUAUGCCCCCAUCAUGUCACCACCCCUGACACAAACAUCUCCACCUCCACCGUUCACCCAAAAAUCUGAGAGGCACCUGCGUCAGUGUGACAAGUCCCGGACCUCCAAGUACUACCCACGACAGCCACACCAGAACACCAAGUCUGGCAGCAGCAGUCUCCAGAGCACUCCUCCACUAUCCCCUAAGAAAGAACCCUUGCCUAAGAAGAAUGGUGGAGAGGAUGAGGUGCAAGGGGAGGAUGGAGAGGACCCUCGGAAUACCUUACAACACCUACUUUCUCAGGUCAAGCCCCCUAAGGUGGUGGAGGUGACACCCUACACGGCUGUCCUGCAGUGGGUGGCCCCAGACCUGGGUGGGCACCAAGAGGAGUUGGCAGUAACGGAGCUCCGCUAUGAGGUCUUUCUGAAUGACAGCCCUUACACCACCAUCCACACCACCCAGCUCAGCAUCACUGACCUCAAGCCAGCCACUGAUUACAGGGUCUUUUUCCACUGCCUGUGUGAGAGUGUGCGGGGGGACACGAGUGGAGUGACCUCUUUCCACACUGAACCCACUGUUCCAGAUGCCCCACAGCUCCCCAAGAUGGUGAAUAAAACAAAAACUUCUCUUCAGUUCAGGUGGACCACAAACAACAUGAAGGAUAAUGGCUCUCGAGUGACGGCAUUCAUCCUUGAGAUUUUUAGCAGUAAUGGGGAGUGGACUGAGGUGUACCGUGGCAAGAAUAAACAACACACCAUAUCCAAACUGCAGCCUAACACUCGCUAUCGUGUACGCCUGGCAGCUGUCAAUGACUUGGGCAAGAGUGAUUACAGUCCAGAGACACUUGCUUACACGAGUGGAGUGGUUCCUAGCCAGCCACCUCCACCCACUUUGGAACAUGCCUCAGUCACUACCCUUAGUCUUGGUUGGCCUAAGAGGCCCACAGACGACACGUACAUCUUGCAGAUGGAGGAUUCCCAUAAUGGAUAUGGUUUCCGGAAUGUCCACAAUGGCAAAGAGACCAGAUUUGUGUGCCAGGACCUGAGGAGAAAUACAAACUACAAGUUCAGGUUGUGUGCUCAUAAUGAUGAGGGAUCAUCACCAUUUUCUGAGGUUGCCACAUACCCAACACUGCCUGACCGACCCAAGCCUCCCUCUCCCCCAACUGUCAAAGGCCGACCAAAGUCAUCAAGGCUGGUGGUCAUGUGGGGUUGCCCCCCCGACAAUGGAGGUGCUCCUGUCUCAUCCUAUAGGCUAGAAUUGGACCGUGGUUCAGGAUUUGAGUGUGUAUACUCUGGGGAAAAGUUGGAAGCAGACUGCACUGACCUUGCCCCAGGGAAGAGCUACCGUGUGCGAGUGCAGUGCAAAAGUUCUGGAGGAAAGAGUGACUGGAGUGAAGUGUCCACAGUGACUACGGAGGCUGUGUGUCCUGGAGUGUGCCCUUCUCCGCGUCUUUUAGGCAAACCCAAGGCCUCCCAGCUGCAGCUAAAGUGGGGUGACCCAGACCAUGAUGGAGGUGCUCCUGUGCUGGAAUUCCUCAUAGACAUGACUGCCCCUAACAAUGAUCGACGCCAGGUGUACCGAGGUCGGGACCAUGAGUGCACCGUUGCCAGCCUCCUCCCAGGGCGACCCUACAUCUUCCUGGUGAGGAGUGUUAACAGGAUUGGGCCAGGCCCAUGGUCUGAGCCCCUGGAAGUGGUGAGUGGGGCAGGUCCACCAGACACUCCCCACCCACCCCACCUAGCGUGUCGCAGUCCACACUCGGUGCACUUGAUCUGGGAGGAGCCAAUCAAUAAUGGAGCUGGCAUUGAACAGUAUAACAUUCAGAUUGCUGAGGUGUCUUGUCCCCAUGCUGAGUCCUCUGAGUCCUCCUCAACUUGUGGUGACCCAGAGUCCGACCUGACUUUCACCAGUGCUUACACUGGGUCAGCCACUACCACUGAAGUACGGAAUCUGUCACCUGCCACCACCUAUGCCUUCAGAGUAUGCUGUAGUAACAGUGCUGGAGUAAGUGCAUGGUCAUCCCCAGCCACUGUCACCACACCAGCUGCUCCCCCUGCCCCUGUGACCUACAUCUCUUCCACACCUGCUGCCACCACCAUCACCCUACUGUGGGGAGAGCCAGCCAGCCAUGGGGACCCCAUCACCCACUACGUAAUAGAGGUGGGAGACCGCACCGUCACCACACCAGGCCCUGAGACAGAGUUCACCCUCACCGACCUGCUGCCAGAGACCCUGUAUAAGGUACGCAUCCAGGCCAUGAACAGUGUUGGCCCUGGGGGUUUCAGUGCCAUCCACAAGGUGACCACCCGGCCUCUACCACCAGCACCCCCAACCCUGGAGCUGGUCAAGGCCUCCUACAACUCUCUCAAGCUUAAGUGGGGUGAUGGCCGCAACCUGGACAUGCUGACAUACUCCUUGGAGAUGGAAUUUACCAACCCCCACAAUGGCAACCGAGAGUUCUAUCAAGUGUAUAGCGGAACCAAUCAGAACUACAAGGUCGCCCGGCUUGAAGAGAACACCAAAUAUCACCUCAGGAUCUGUGCCAAUAAUGAGGCUGGCACAGGACCCUUCUCCCCCAUCACCUCCCUCUCCACUACUAAGGCUCCCCCACCCCUCAUCAAAGCACCACGGGUGACUGAAACACCUGAGGGGAGCCAUCUGGUGGAGUGGUGCAGUGUCAGGUGUCCAGGGGAGGAUACCAUAAAUUACCGCCUUCAGAUGCUUCAAGCUGGCAAGGACCAAGAUUAUUCUGUGGUUUAUAAUGGUAGCGAGACUUCCUAUGCCCUCACACACCUCGACCCUCACUCGGGCUACUAUGUGCGCGUGUGUGGUGUGCGGGUGUGCACUAAUGGGGAGACUAUGACUGGGGCAUACUCAUCCCCAACUCUUUUCAACACUCCCAAACCUGCCCCAGUCACCACCACUAAGCCAGCUGUUAACACCUCUCAGGAUGUUGGGUUCCAGUGGCAGAGGCUGAGUGAUCAGCAAAAGGCAGCUGUUAUCCUGGCAAUGUUCUCUUUGUUCUGCGCCUUUGCAGCCAUUGGACUGCAUCACUUUGUGGCGCCAGAUCAUGGUCGGUAACCCAGCGAUGGCUUCUAUCAUCACCAUGUUUUUAUAUUCUCCUUGAAGGUACCCAGAUUUAUCUUGCUGUGAAGACAUUGGCCGAACCUGCCCAGAGAAGGUGUGGCCAGCAGAGCCGGGCUGGGCUCUAACUCUGAAAGUAGAGUGGUACACUGCAACCCAAGUAUGAUUUACAAAUACUUAAAGGUAUAUCAUUUGCUUAUAUGGAUAUCUUUUUAUACAAACACCUUAGUUCCCUUUAUAAUGUUGAACCUGUGGAGAAGAUUUUUGGUACCCAUGUAGGUGAGAGGGAUGCCACUGAAGCCAUCACUCCACUCUUGUUGAUCUGGUGUGUGGGCCUCAGUGGAACCCCCUAGAGAUCAUUAAGGCUGUGUGUGCACAAUUGUAAUGUUUACUAUUGUUGCUAAGUGUAUCACUCUACUCUCAUUCACUUUAUGAGGUGCUGAUUUUUGUGAAGUUGCAAAAAAGAAAAAAAAACCCUGCUUCCCAAAGUGUAUUUUUAGCGGACAACGUUUUGCUUGAUACUCUGUGCUGUCUGAUGUGUUGUUUAAGAUGUUGUGAAAAUUAGUUUUAUAUAGUAGUCAGACUUGAUUUAUAAACCUCAAAAAAAACAAAAAAGAAAAAAAUGUCUCCAUUUGACGAAGACUGCACUUCCUCUCUUCUUCAAGAUGUUCUGAGUAAAUUUGACUCACAUUCCGUGAACUGAAAUCUCCGUAUAUAGUCGCUCGUUUCUAGUUUAAGUUCCCAAACUUUGUAAUAAUGGACCAAAAAUAGCUGCCACUGCUAGUUCUGUGUUUGUAUACCCCAGACGUACUUAGGAACCACACUGUCAUAACCUUGUCAGCAGUCAUAAAGCAUGGCACCUGGGUUCAGUUGAUUGGUCUCUGUAUUUCUUAGUUUCCACUGCCUCUGGAUGCUAAAUGUUGCAACACUGGUGCUCAAUAGUGGUUCGUGUGCUGCUCCUGUGCUCAAGUGGAUGGCUCACCUGUAGCUUGCAUCUGAUUGAGCUGCUACGUUCAGCUUUGUUAGGUACCACAGUAUUUUUUCUUGUGCUUUAUUCCCGUUGGUGCAAUAAGUGGUGGAUAUAUUUCCAUGUCAACAGUAUUUAGCUCCAGGGCAUUAUGUUCUGUUUGUGGGCAGGAUGAACAGCAGAUGCUGGGUAGGAGAGGAGGAGAAGGUGGUGAGGUAACAGGAGCUGGUGUAAUCAAUUCACUACUCUUUAUGUAACUGGGAUAACACUUGACACAUUUAUCAUCUCGUGCACUACACUAAUGUUAUUAUUAUCAUUAUUAUUAUAUUAUUAUUACUAUUAUUAUUAUUAUUAUUAUUAUUAUUUUAUUAUUAUCAUUAUUAUUAUUAUUAUUGUUGUUGUUAUUUUAUGAUUAUAUUUUUUUUUAUGUUGACAAUUCCUUGGCUGGGUGUUAGUUGCUGUUGCUCUCUGUGUGGUGUCGUUUGGGUGUAGGGAAGAAGUGUUUUCCUCCAUGUCACCACUACCACCACCACCAUGCACUCCUUCAGUCAGGGACCUCUAUCUCCUGUGAAUGUGACUUCUCUUUUCUGUUCUUCUAUUGCAAGUACCAUCAAGGUGAACCAGAAUCGCUUGAAUGUGGGUAGCAAUUUUCAAGGUCAGUUCCUGUCGGUGGAUUUUGCCAUCACUGUUGUGUAGCAUCAUACAUAGAUUAUUUUUUUUAAUUAGUCCCGUCAAGUCAUGAAGUAGUGUGGAGGUUACUAAGGUGAUGAAAUUACAGGUGAGGUGAGACACUGGGUUUGGUUCCAAGCAGUUAUGGCAGCAAUCAGCUUGGCAAGUAUUUAGGAGAAAUGAAGGGAAUGUGGUAAUAGCCGACAGAUUUUAGUUGGGAGAACAUAGAGUAAAGAGGUUAGUUGCUAAAGGAGAGGAGUCUUGGAAAGAAUGAAUGAGAUGGUUGUGGUAGGAUUGGUGCAGGCUGGUGGUGCUAGACUGUGAUGAUGUCCUGUGCUGAGGAGCCUUGCAGGACCCUAUCCUCCUGCUGGCGGCCUGGGGGAGAUGCCUGACAGGAGAGAAUAGUGUCCAAACUGUAUUUUGUAAGUUGAUAUACAUAUAUACAUAAAAUAUUCAGUAAUCAUAAAAGAUGGCAGAUUAUUUUAUAUGAAUCAAAAUAUAUUAUAAUGUAUGUAUUUGCUCUUUUUUAUCUGGUAUCAGUAGGUUGCUCUCCAGCAAAUGGCGCUUUGGUGUAAUGGGGUGUUUUCCUUGUCCCAAUUGGUGUUGUGGCACGCUGUGGCUCACCCACAGAGUGUGUGUGUGUGUGUGUGUGUGUGUGUGCGUGUGUGUGUGUGUAGGGAUCACUCAGCAGUCUGUCUGCUGGACAACCCCACAGUAAACACAGCCAGAAGAUAAUAAUUGUAAACUUUAAACUGAAACUUCAGUUUGAGCACUGAAAGUCCUUAUUUUGUGUAAAUUUAAUGUUAUUCAUAUUAUUUUCCUGUGAAUUGUGACUUGAGCUUGGCUGCCACUGUUCUUGGCCAAGGCCAAGUGUGCACUGCAUGGAGACAUCCUCUGGUCACAGUUUGCAGAAAGGUGAUCAGGAUGACCCUGAAGUGAAUGACAUAAAACAAGGUAUUGGUAAUGGCACAACUGACUGGAGGGAAAGGUCAGUGAGGCUUUGAAUCUGUGUCAGCACCAUCAAUGAGGCAUCAAAAUUAGUAGAGCAUGGGCAUUUCCACUGUGAUAUUUAAGAGAGCAUUUUGAAAGAUCAAGGAUUGUGUGGUUCGCCUUUGAUAGCUAGGAGGAAGGGCUCUUACAUCACUGUCUCGAUAUUAAUGUAAAGUGUGCUUUUUCCUUUUGGGUGGAGGCUUUGCCCUUACUUUUUUUUCUUCUCUCCCCAUUCCUAACAUCCUGAGUGUGGUGGGCAGAUGGCACAAUGAACUGAGUCAUAAAUCUUGUCUGUCAGCAUGUGCCACAGAUGCCAGGGUCACCAGACUGAUGCUAAAUGGAGAGUGUGGAUGAGAUAGAGGAAAGGACCAAGCAUUACCUAGGUAGGGGUAGUCCAUCACCUUGUUGCUGUUUUCUUCACCUUAGUUUAUUGUUUUGGCCCUCAAGUAUAUUUUUGGAUAUGUGACAUUAGCAUUCUAAGACUUAUGUAUCAUAAACUUGUGUAAGUAUAUCAUAAAAAUAUUCUUUAUACAUAAUAUUAUAAGUAAAAAAUGUAUACUCUCAUAUUGCCUGCAAAUAUGAAUUAUAUUCUAUAUAUUA